AUAUACACUUCCUGCUUUGGAGAUCGGUCCAAGGUGUAAACAAGUGUCCUGCCGAUAGAAGUCCAGACUGUCUUUUCCGUGUCGAUAUUGUUAGUUCACAAGGCCAGUGUUAAUCUGCCCUAGCUGUUACUAUGGCUGAAGGCGGCCCCUCUCCAGAACUGGACGUACACUUACUGGAGUGUCCAAUAUGUCUGGAGCGACUUCGACAACCCAAGUCCUUACCCUGCCUCCACUGCUUCUGUCAGGAAUGCCUCGGCACCUACAUCACCAAGGAGCUGUCUGGAAAAACGGUGUCGGCAACAUCGUUCCCUUGUCCUGUCUGUAGGAGAAUGGCCCAGCCCGCCAAUCAAACAGAAGCUAAGGACAAAUGGGCAGAACAGUUCCCGACUAAUGUUGUGAUCCAGGAUCUUAUCCAGCUCAGGGAACGUUCGUCUGAACCACUGUACUGCAAGCCAUGCCAGACAAAAGGUGACCUGACAAAUCUAGCGAAAUUCUGGUGCAAGUCGAUGAACGUAAAUUUUUGUGAGAUUUGUAAAGUACAACAUCAUGAUGUCUUACAUAAUGAUUGUGAUAUCUUAGAUAUUACUAGGUACGAUAGCAGGAAAACAAAACAGAAACAGUCAGUCCCUAAAUGCGACCAACACGACGAGAUAUUGAUUUGGUACUGUGAAGACCACAAACGUCUUGGAUGCAACAUAUGUAUGAUCAAAGACCACAGACGUUGUGAUGAGGUGACGACGGCAAUGGAAUAUUUACAGAAGAUAAAAGCCGGUUCACAACUAGAAGAGAUGGAGAUGGCACUGAAGAAAGGAGCACAGGCUAUGACGUCAUUGGUUAAGGAUUUUGACGAGCAGAUCCAAACCAUGGUUCAAAAUCAGGAAAUCGCACUGCAAAGCAUCAAAGAUCUGCGCCAAAGUGUCGAAGAACAGCUGAACAAAGUUCAGAGGGACGUUACUGACAAGUUAAUUGCAUUGUUUAAAGAGGAGAAGGGGAAUAUGGAGGCCUCGUCACGACAGUGUGAACGUCUGAUGAACAGUAUGGUUAAUACCAUGAAGUCGUCCGUUACCGCCACAGAGGAAAACAACACUAUUGAGGCGAUAGUUUUGUAUCAGAGAGGACAAGCAGAAGUGGAGUCGUGUAAGGCCCUGGUCACGGAGAUGAGCACGUCCUUUAUGUCCGUCAGCAUUAGGCAUCAUAUUGUUCCCAGACUGGUAACCCUCGGUGAUGAGGCGAUGGGGAAGGUCGUAAUCGAGAGACAACGCCGAUGUCUUCCUGGUGAUCUUGAUUACCUGUCCGUUCCUUUGUCUGAGCGUCGUGUAAAAGAAAUAGGGAAGUUUAACGUAAAGACUCCGUCUGAUAAAUCUAAUUGUUUGAUACGUGGGGUUGUGUAUCUUCCAAAUGAACAGAUAGUAGUUAGUGAUAGCAACAACAGGAAGCUGAAGUUGUUUACAGACAAAGGACAGUACCUGGACGAGUUGACUAUCCGGGGAGAUCUCUGGGAUCUGUGUCUGGUGAACAACAAUACCGUGGCGGUCGCUGUCGACAGUCCCAGUGGUGUUCGGGUCGUGAAAAUCAAGGAUUUAAAACUCUCCCUGUCGUCUGAGAUCAACAUGACUAAUGUUAAACACUGUUAUGGUAUAACACAUACAGACGGGAGGUUUGUCGUGAGUACAUAUGUAGGAGAGGUAUACAGUGUGACACAGGACGGAGCGACUGAGUUGUUACAUAAGUAUAACAUCAUCUGUUAUAGCCUCACACAAGAUCCAGUAAAGGGAGACACAAUCGUCAGUGUCGGUAACAACAACAAGGGGAAGGUCGCGGUGUCCAGACUGUCGGCUGACAAACGUCACAUGGAUGUGAUGAAGGUCGAUGUCGUGAGUGGUGCUAGGGGAAUAGACGUGGACAGGGAGGGUAACAUCUACGUGUGUGGAAAAGAAUCACACAACGUCGUACAGAUGUCUGAGGACGGGACACACGUCAGGGAACUGCUGACGUCAUCAGAUGGAAUGAAAUAUCCACGGGCAAUAGCUGUUCGUGGUGACACGUUUGUAGUUACUUUUGAUUCUACAGAUCAAAUCAAUUAUAUCCGUAUCUUUCAACUCUACUAAAUAUAGUGCAGAUGAAUACAUUGAUUGGUUGAUCACGUGAUAUGUCUAUGUACCAGAAUAGUAAAACAAACAUUGCAGUCACUAUUGUUAUGUACAAUACAUUUUCUGAACUAUACAUACAUUUGUUUAUACCGGACAUUCCGUUGAUUUUUAUCACAUAGGAAUUAAAAUAAGACGGUAAAGAACUUACUAACUGCUACAAACAAUGAUUACACAUGAAAGAGUGCCAUUAUGAUAUGUGAUUUAUUAUUAUUUUAAUGUUUUGUUUCCAAUUGAUGAAAACAUGACUUAUGGUGUGUCAGUUUUAAUCAACUUAAUGAAAAAUAUCACUUUGUUGAAAUUGUUCUAAUUUCUGUGUUCCUGCCCGAAUACCAUAAUUGUGUAGGAAUGGAGUUUUACUGAAAAUUGUAAAAUAGUUAUCUACCUGCCAGGUAGAAAAACAAUAUGAAUAUAAAGUGUCCGUUGUUAAUUCUGAUCUUGUGAAAUGGACAGGAUACUGUUUUGUCGAUAAUUUUUCCAGUUCUAAUGGCACAUGAAUAUUUUUGCAUAUACGUAUGUUCCUCAAGAAACUCAGAAUAUAUCCAGGAGCACAUUCAAAGGACUUUUCUUUUCUCAAUAAAUCACUCCUUCUUU